AUGGAGGGUUUAUCUUCCGAAGCCAAUGAUGAUCCAAUCGCAGUGAUGAAGGAGACGAGGCAGCAGCUAGAAUCCCGUGUGGACACCCUCCACGCGGCCCAGCUGGACCUCAUCUCCUCCCUCCAAACCGCAGUCCCCGACCUCGUCUCCUCCCUCGACCUCUCCCUCCGCGCCAUCUCCGCCUUCAACAACACUCCCUUCACCCCCCUUUCCCAGAUCUUGCCCCCAAAGCCCGCCCAUCCCAAGACCCAUAUCCCCAAAUUGCCCCCCGACAACCCCAAAAUCCCCGCCGCCGUCCUCCGGCCCUCCCCUCGUGAGAACGAGCGGGCCCUGAUCGAAGAAAGCGGGGGCCCGCUCCCUGUCGUCCGGUCCAUGGUCGCCGUGUGCCUGCUGGAGAGGAUCCCCUUCAGUCCCAUCGAUUCCUCCACGGUGCUGAGGAAGCUGGAAAACGGUCCGUCGUCGGCUGAGCCGGCCGAGCGGGCCGCCCUGAUGGAGCUGGGCGGUGAGUCCGGUCCCAUCUUAGCGGUGGAGACGGCCCUGAGAUCCAUGGCCGAGGACGGCGGCGGAGGGGUCGAGCUGGAGGAGUUUGUGGUGAGCGGCAAAUCGAGGGUAAUGGUCAUGAACAUCGACCGGACAAAGCUCGUGAUGGAGCUGCCGGAAAACAGGCAGCCGAACGAGCCUCCGGGCACCGGGGAAGCUGGCAGGCCCAGGGCCGUGGGGGGGAUGAUGGGGGUGCCGAGGGGAGUGGGGGUACCUCUACCCAUGCACAGGCAGGUGGCCUCCGGAGGGGCUGCAAAUGCACUUGCCGCGAAGCCGAGGACUGAGGAAGACGACAUGAAGGAUCUCGAGGCUUUGCUGAACAAGAAGAGUUUCAGGGAGAUGCAAAGAUCGAAGACGGGUGAGGAGCUUCUUGAUCUCAUCCACCGGCCGACGGCUAAAGAAACUGCUGUGGCAGCGAAGUUUAAAAGCAAAGGUGGUUCACAAGUGAAAGAAUACUGCUCUGCUUUAACGAAAGAAGAUUGCCGGCGUCAGUCUAGUUCCUUCAUUGCUUGUGAUAAGGCGAGUCCAUUCCUAAUCUUUGUUCAUUUUCGGCGCAUAAUUGCCGCACAUACUGAUGUGAAUUUGGGUGACUGUUCAUUUCUUGACACCUGUCGUCACAUGAAGACAUGCAAGUAUGUACACUACGAGCUCGACUCAACUCCUGAUGUAUCAACUAUGAUGAUGGGGCAAGCUACUACUUUACCUCCUCCGAAACCCUUGAAGCUUCAAAGUGCUCACUAUUGCUCGGAAGUAGAGCUUGGAGAACCACAGUGGAUCAACUGUGACAUACGUUCGUUUAGAAUGGACAUAUUGGGGCAAUUUGGGGUUAUAAUGGCUGAUCCACCUUGGGAUAUUCAUAUGGAAUUGCCUUAUGGAACUAUGGCUGAUGAUGAAAUGCGCACACUGAAUGUUCCUGCAUUACAAACCGAUGGUCUUAUAUUCCUUUGGGUCACUGGACGUGCAAUGGAGCUUGGACGUGAAUGCUUGGAGCUUUGGGGUUAUAAGCGCGUGGAGGAGAUAAUAUGGGUGAAGACCAAUCAACUCCAGAGGAUCAUCAGAACGGGUCGAACGGGCCAUUGGCUCAACCACAGCAAAGAGCAUUGUCUUGUUGGAGUAAAAGGAAAUCCUGAGGUCAACAGAAAUAUCGACACUGAUGUCAUUGUUGCUGAAGUUCGUGAAACAAGUCGCAAACCUGAUGAGAUGUAUGCAAUGCUGGAACGGAUAAGUCCAAGGACACGAAAGCUGGAGUUGUUUGCAAGGAUGCACAACGUGCAGGCUGGGUGGCUCUCACUGGGUAACCAGUUGCAAGGUGUACGGUUAGUCGAUGAAGGGCUGAGAGCAAGAUUCAAGGCGGCAUAUCCUGAUGUGGAUGUGCAGCCAUCAUCGCCACCUAGGGCAGCUGGCAUGGAUAUUGACCGUCCAGCUGUCACUUCUCCUCCGACUUCAUCGGGAAACCAGUUUGCGCAGACCGCAGGACAACAAACAGCUUUUAAUGGCAAUAAUACAUUAGAAGCAAAAGUAGCUAGUAGUAGCUGA